UGUGGGUGGGUUGGAUGUAGAGACGAAGUAGAAGCAAAAGCAUAUGCCGAGAAACGUUUGAAAUGAUGCCUCUGCUUCACAAAGCGGAUAUCCCUUCUUAUUCAUCAGAUUCCUUCUCCCCUCCCCACACAAAGAAAAAAACAAUUUUAUCUCUAAUCAUCUUUUGCAUUCUGACGUUGCCCUGUUUUUAUUUUUAUUACCAUAACCAAAACCAUCAUCAAGGGAUCAUUUGUCAAAAAAUAAAACCAUGAACCUUUCUUUUUCUUCUCUCUCUGUAACAUCUCCUCCCUUUCUUCCUAGCACGACCAAACACACUUGUUGUUGUUCUUCCUCUGCAACCACAAGGUGUUCUUUUGUUAACUCCCCUGUUUCCAUCGGUGUUUCGUCUCCACGGAGAUUACCCAUUAGCUUGGUUCGCAAGCAAUCUAAAACUUUCUUCGGGGUGGUUUCUACUUCGUCUGGGUCGAGGGAUAUGAAGUCUGUCACUCAAGUUAGUGGGGAUGGAGACGAGGCUCCCCUUCUCGAUCCCGAGUCCUACUCCAAGCCCAGGCGUAUUGCUCUCUUUGUCGAGCCUUCCCCCUUUGCCUAUGUCUCAGGUUACAAAAACAGAUUCCAGAACUUCAUUAGGUAUCUUCGUGAAAUGGGAGACGAGGUUAUUGUUGUUACGACACAUGAAGGCGUUCCCGAAGAGUUUUAUGGAGCUAAAGUCAUUGGCUCAAAAAGCUUCCCUUGCCCUUGGUACCAAAAGGUUCCCCUCUCCCUUGCGCUUAGUCCUCGAAUUAUCUCCGAAAUUGCUCGCUUUAAGCCUGACAUCAUUCACGCUUCUUCUCCUGGGAUUAUGGUUUUUGGUGCUCUGGCUAUAGCAAAAAUACUAUCUGUACCUAUUGUAAUGUCUUAUCACACACACGUCCCUGUAUACAUUCCAAGAUACACUUUUAGUUGGUUGGUCCAACCAAUGUGGUCAGUGAUAAGAUUUCUUCACCGAGCGGCUGAUCUUACAUUAGUUCCUUCCGCUGCCAUUGGCAAAGAUCUUAUUGCAGCUGGUGCAACCGCAGCUAAUCAACUUCGACUUUGGAAUAAGGGUGUUGAUUCAGAAAGCUUCAAUCCCUGUUUCCGCUCUCAAGAAAUGCGUAUAAGACUAAGUAACGGUGAACCAGAAAAGCCUCUAGUCAUCCAUGUAGGUCGUAUUGGCGUAGAAAAGAGUUUGGAGCUUCUAAAAAGUGUAAUGGACAAAUUGCCUGAAGCUCGGAUUGCUUUCAUUGGAGAUGGACCAUACAGAGAGGAUCUUGAGAAGCUGUUUGCCGGAAUGCCAGCGGUGUUCACGGGAAUGUUACAAGGGGAGGAACUCUCACAAGCUUACGCAAGCGGAGAUGUGUUUGUGAUGCCAUCAGAGUCGGAGACGCUUGGCCUUGUGGUUCUUGAGGCAAUGGCUUCUGGACUUCCUGUUGUUGCGGCUCGGGCUGGUGGAAUCCCUGAUAUCAUCCCUGAAGAUCAGGAGGGGAAAACGGGGUUUCUGUUCAGCCCUGGAGAUGUGGAAGACUGCGUGACAAAGGUGAGAAGUUUAUUGAACGACAGUGAAACAAGAGACAUCAUAGGAAAAGCGGCAAGAGAAGAAACGGAGAAGUAUGAUUGGAGAGCAGCAACGACCAAGAUACGCAAUGAACAGUACAGUGCAGCUAUCUGGUUCUGGAGGAAGAAGAAAGCUCAGGUUUUGGGACCACUCAAUUGGUUGGUUAAACGACUCUUUCCUGUGCCCUCCGCAAGUUAACGCCUAGAAUAAGUAAGUAAUCAGAGCUGGCUUGUUAUGUGUUUUUGGGAAGCUUUAUGUUGUAAGAUAUGUGUCUAUGUCUAAUGUGGUUUUGGACUUUGGCCUUUCGGGUUCUAGUUUCGUCAAGUCACCGACUGUGUUUUUAAUGUGUUAAAUCAUUACUACUAUUUCUUUUGUUAUGUAUAAAAAUGAUUAGCAACUUGUGUUA